CAAGAGUCGGCUGGCCGGAGCGACUGUCUGUGAUCCGAUUAGAGUGUCGGCGUCAGACGCCUGCGUUGCGCUUGCCCCACAAAAAGAAGCCUCUAAGGAAGUAUUAACCGCCUAUGCAGAGCCUGAAACACGGGUGCUUGUCGCGUCCUACCAUCAAGACAAAGGCCGAAGGAGCACAGGUGUUCUCUCACCAGCCUCGCCACCUGAAAAGCUUCCUGAGACGUACGAUGCGAAAGCGCCGGUCCAGCAAUUGAGUCCGACGGUAGCGAGCGGUGAGCCAGACAAGAGUCGGCUGGCCGGAGCGACUGUCUGUGAUCCGAUUAGAGUGUCGGCGUCAGACGCCUGCAUUGCGCUUGCCCCACAAAAAGAAGCCUCUAAGGAAGUAUUAAACGCCUAUGCAGAGCCUGAAACGCGGGUGCUUGUCGCGUCCUAUCAAGACAAAGGCCGAAGGAGCACAGGUGUUCUCUCACCAGCCUCGCCACCUGAAAGGCGCCCUACAGCCAGAGCUAAAGCGCCAUCUGACAAGUCACCUGCAACAAGCCCAGUAACGUCAUCAAAAGAGGGCGAAACUGACACGAAUAGACCAAAGACGAAGGCGCGUGCUCUUCGACCCCUCCUAGCGUCAUUUGGACACUGUGCCGGAUCAGCGUCGAGGUCAUUGUCGCGCGCAACGUCACCUAAUUACGGUUCCUUCUCGCCGGGUAUUGUUUCACCGGGAUCAUCAUUUUCCCCAGCUUCAAACGAAGGAAGCGUUAAAACGAAACCACUGUAUAGAGAACUGCUCGCCGCGGUAAGUCCUGACGCAGAUGCAGGCCUCAAGAUAGCGCAGUCCACGAUGUCGCCAAGUUCUGGCAUGCCCUUGGUAAAUUCUCCUUAUGCAGCCGCAUUGUCACCAAAUGUUCUGAGCGGCAGUUCUUCGCCACAUGCAUCGAGGGCUUAUGCCACGAGUCUCCCCGGCAAAGUGCCCAUUUACAGAUCGUUAGUAGCUUCUGUAGGACGACCUCGUAGCACCACUACACCUGCUUCGUCCCCUCAAUCACACGAUCAUGAACAAUUUGUAACAGAGCGCCGCGAACUUCAGAGCCCUUCGUCGAAAUCUGAGACCAAGGCAAACAACGUUAAGGAAUCUUCGGUGAAAACAUUGCAAGCGGAACUUGCUGAUAUGGGCAAGAUUCAAACUAAGAAGACGUCUGGGAAAUCUUCACCGGUAGGACACGCCAGUGAGAGCAAAACUACAGCCAAAGCUCCACCACCUAAGGAGUCUUCGGUCAAAGCAGUACCAGCAGGACCCACCAGUAAGAGUAAAACUGCACCUAAGGAACCUUCGGUGGAAGCAGUAGGGACAGGCCGCACCAGUACAAGUAAAACUCCACCACCUAAGGAGUCUUCGCCGAAAGCAACAGUAGCGGGACACACCAUUGGAAACAAAACUCUGCCACCCAAAGAGUCUCCGGUGAAAGCAGUACCGGCAGGACUCGCCACUGCGAACAAAGCUCCACCUAAGGAGUCUUCAGUCGGACACACUAAUGCGAAUAAAGCGCACGACAUUAACUUGUCGGAAAUUCCAGGUCGCUCUGACAAAUUCCCGGAGAAGCGACUGGCUACAGAAGAGUUGCAGAGCGUUGGAAACAAAACUCUUCCACACAAAGAGUCUCCGGUGAAAGCAGUACCGGCAGGAGUCGCCACUGCGAGCAAAACUCCACCUAAGGAGUCUUCGGUCGGACACACUAAUGCGAAUAAAGCGCACGACAUUAACUUGUCGGAAAUUCCAGGUCGCUCUGACAAAUUCCCGGAGAAGCGACUGGCUACAGAAGAGGUGCAGAGCGGCGCUUACAAAGACGUCCCUGAGGAGCGCACCAGCAUGUUAGAGACAACGCAGCAGAGUUGUAGGACGCGAACGAGCUUCGCUAGCGUCACCACUUACAGGACUACAGAUAACAGCAUGACUUCAACAAAGACUGAAAACGUAGAUCCUACAACAACCUCGAAAAGUUACGAUCAGAAAAGUGUGAUUGAAGGCGAAGCAAAGCUUGCCAAGCACUUUUUGCCGAAAGACGUGGAUCCUGCAAGGGCAGGCAGCGAUACACCAUGCUCAGCGCCAGUGCCUCACAUGGAAGCACAGAAAGAGCAAAGGUCUUCAUAUAGAGAGAGUUCGGAGAAGGAUGAAAAAUGUCGCAAGCCAUCAGCGGCGGAGCGUCCCGUGGACCCCAACAUGGUGCUUGUGCCGAAUUCCAAACCAGUUGCAGGAACGCAAUUGUCGCAACAAGUGAUUGGGAGGCCGCCCGGAAGGAAGGCCCAAAACAUUUUUCUGUUUGCGGGGUUGGAAGGGGAAGCCAGGCUUCCUAAAGUAUUUCCGGCAGAGGCAGUCUCCAAAGGGCAGGAAAACCAGAAACCCAGUUCACCACAAACCAUCGGAAAACCACAAAUCAAGCCUUCUGAAAAAGCACCAACGCCGGCAUCCGUAACAACUGCGCACGGUGCUCAACCUCUGAAAGCGUCUGCACAUUUGAGCCAGCCAGGGAUGAGCGGGGCUGGUGAGGCAUUGCCGCAACUAAAAAAUAAGCAUGGCGCGGCUGAGCCCUCGGCGGAAGCUUCUAUGGUUAAGCUGUCUGAAAUCCGAGAGGGCGACGACAAUGAGUUCGAGUUUCCGGCGUACAGACAGUACACUGCAAUGUUUCAAUCCCCUCAACCCGCCGAAGUCAUGUCGCCAUCUGUGUCUUGGGAACAAGGCGAGCUCAAGAAAAAGAAAAAGCACAAAUCGAAGAGGCACAAGGGCGCUGACGUUGCUGGAAUGGGACCGGAAGGCAGAAAGACGGAAGAGCCGAGUCCACAGACGAAUGCGGCGGGAGCUGUGGGUGCAGCACCGGAAGGGAACAGCCAGGCACCACACGCCAUGGAGCACGACCAGGAUUACGGUUACAUGUCGUGCUGCCUGACGGUUCUGUUUGUGUUAGCCGUGAUGCUUCUACUGCUAGGGCUCGCUCACGUGGUCGACAUUACUUGGUCCACGGUUGCGCUGAAUAACACCGUCACGGAGGCGACUGGGGCCAGUUCUGUGGCCGCCGCCGGCCUCUUGUUCUGCUCGUCCGAACUCUGCAACCGCGAAGCAGACUACAUCAAAUCCCUCUUGGAGGGCAGCACCGCGGGGCCGUGCGAGAAUUUCUACGAACACGUGUGCGGGUCCUGGGCUACGGCGCACCCGCUGGGCAAGAACAAGGGCACCGGCGCUAUGGUAUCGACCGACACCAUCAUUCAAGAUCAGCUGGUCGCAAGUCUUCUGGCGCUGCUGCCGUCGACCCAGGAGUCUGACGUCAGCUUGGCCGUGUCUCUAUACAAUGCGUGCGCUGAUCGCAGCAAGGAAUCCUCAGCGACUGCGUCCGUGACGCGUCUCCUCAGCUCUUGGGCGAUAAAGCAGUGGCCGAGAGAAGCUGCUGCCACUACGCGAGAAUCGUGGACCUUUGCCGGUCAAAUUAUGCGAGACCUAGGCUUAGCCACAUUCCUUGAUAUGGUAAACGGCGCGGGUCCCGGUGAGGCUACUGUCGUCGAACUGAGCAAACCUAAGCACGUCUUCUCGUGCAACGACGCUUUAAGACCCUCUGUGGUGAUGCAGUUCCGCGACGCUGUGAGCGACAUCGCCUCCGCGUUUAGCGAAAGGCCAGACACAGCGCUUAUCGACGAAAUUAUGACUGUGUUCAUUCGUCUCGCUUCGAGCCCGCGAGAGCCUAGCGUCGCUGAACUAGAAGAGCUCAAGUACGGCGGCUACGUCGUGGUUAAACUUUCCGAAGUAGACGCGGCGAUCACCGAAUUCUUGCGCGUGGCGUUCGACGGUGCCUCUAUGUUCGAUACGACGACGACCGUGAAGCUAAAGUCAUCCCGAUACGUCCGGAACUACCUCCCCGCUGCGCUGCGCGAACUUCCUGCCAGGGCUGUUAUGAACUACGAAGCUUUCCUCGCGCUCGUACGGUUAGCCCCCUUCCUGCCGGAAAAGCACUCAGCAUUGCGCCAGCUGUUCUUCAUGGAUCUCCGUGGCAGGACGCUCGCCGAUGCCGCGGACUCCAGUACGCUGUGCUUAAUGGCUGUGGAGACCGUACUGCCUUCCUGCCUCGUCAAACUCUCGGCGAGCCUGUUCCGUACGGACGACGAGCGUGGGCUUAUUGCAGACAGGCUGGCGCAUUUGGAGAACGUCUUCAGCCGCCGCAUUUCUAACCUGGCCUGGAUCAGCGAGUACGAGGCGCUCGUCCACCGCUAUCAGCUCAAGCGACGGCGAGUGGCACUCUUCGGACACGGGAACGAGUCUUGCGUAGACGCCUCUCCCGCAGCCGGCUACCCGGCGGAAAAGCCCGCUGAGUUCUACCACGCCGUCGCACGUUCCCAGCAGCGGGCGAAGCUACAAGCCAAGAGCACCAGCAGCCUUCCACCCACCCUGUUGUCUCCGAUGCGUACGCAUGCCAGCUACGACGCGUCGAGACGGCGCGUCCCUGUUCCCGUCGCACUGUUCAACGCAUCGGUGCCCAGUAACGACAGCCUGUUCACGUUGCACCUGUCCCGCUACGCUGUGCGCUUCUACCACGCACUGGUGGAGAGGCUGUUUGACGCCGCCUACGAAAGCGAUUCGCUAGGUUCCGCAGACGACCUUCAGAGGCGCCUGGAGCUUCUCCUGAACUGCUUCGAGGAAGACCUCGGGCAGCUGCCGCGUAGCCUCCGACGCCCAACGCCACCGCCCGACCCUGCGCUGUCCAGGGGCGCAGUGCUUGAGCAGACGGUGGCACUGCAGAUUGCAUACGGCGCCUUCAAGGAACUGUUGGCGGUUCAGCGUUCUCAAGUCGCUGACCGCCGGUACGCCAAGCUCCCAGACAUGUCGUCCGAGCGUCUCUUCCUGGUGUACUAUGCUCUGGACAACUGCGAGAGUAGCGACGAGGACUACCUGGAGCACGAGGGACACUUGCUGCCCGCCGCAUAUCGCGUCAACCUGCCGCUGCGCCACCUGGUGGAGUUCGCGCACGUCUUCGGCUGCAGCGCGGACUCGGAGGGCAUGACGCGGUUCCCGCUUGGCAGGCGCUCCUCCUGCGCCGUUGUCCUGCCCGACUCGUGGACUAUGGGCGGCCAUCGCCGCUAGGUGGAGCCACCGACGCGUUGCAGGGUAGUGCGGCCCGAACGUCGUCGCCACACACAUGGGGCACGCAUUAUACACGGUCACAGAACCAGCGGCUGGACACUCGUAAUACGAUGCCGAGGGCUUGUGCUAAUAUGCUUACGAGACAAAACAUUGCGGAUAUACUUUGAGGCUUUAUUUCGACUCUGAACAGUCAGCCUGCUUUCUAAUUGAUAUAUUUCUCAACGCCUUUUUUUUUUUUUUUUCAGGCAGUUGUGUUUCCUGGUCGGUUGUGGUUGACACGCCAUGCACAUCUGGCCAGGGCCACCACUAUUGCUACUCUUCAAUCACUAUAGUUGUGUAUCUGUCACUUCGCGUCUCGUUAACGCCGUUCCAGCGCUUCUUCUCCCUUAUAAGUUGUUUUAAUCUUCUUCCCUGCCUCAAGAGGCAUUGUGCGCUGCAUUGCAGAACGAUCACGCGCGAAGUUCGACUCGCGCGAUCUGGUAUAACAACGCCGCGAGGAUGCGUUUCCCUGAGUGAGCAUGGUGAACGCCGGCAUGAAUUGUAUGGGACUGUUGCUGAUAUUCCUGAUAUUCUUGUUCUUUCAGCGUGUAUGUUUUACUUUGUCUUUUUGCUGCCACUCUAAUAUAGCAAAACUACUUUCGGUCGUGCCUGCGGCCCCAAAUGCUUGGGGUCAAUGAAUAAAUAAACUUUAUGAUGCCGUCAUAAUCAGGUGCAGCUUUUUGCGUCUUUUUUCACUUCUGCCUCCUUUCGCUUCAGCAGUUCGAGCAUGCAGUUUGAACAUGCAGUCGACUUCGUUCAUGGUCCCGUCACAUCUGUAAAUCGAUUAGGUGCUUGUUAACCAAGUGCCUGACAAUAAUUUCGCUUCCGGAAUGCGUCCAGAUCUGACAAUGCGUGCGCAACGCCCAACCAAGGACCCAAGGGUUGGGGGACGCAAACUCCCGUUGUUGGCAAUUUUCACUCUUUUCGUGCUCGCUUUAGGCUCUCUUGUAGGCUCGGCGGUUCGCCUCCCAACGCUUGCGUCUUCUAGAUUACCCACGGAGGAAGGAAACUCGGGAGAGGCCCUGAUGUCACUCUUUGUGAAGUGAAAGUGAAGCCGGAAGUUGGCGUUGCUCAUGGCGUUGCUCCGCCUAUCGGGCCAGCUCUCCUCUCUUGUUUACAUUUCU